UGGGCUUCCGUAGAAAUGUCAGCGUAAUCGUAUGUUAACAUAAGGUUGGCUCAGCUUUUUUUUUUUUUAUCGUGGCCUUUUAUGGUAAUGAUGAGACAAACCAACGAGUAAACGAUGACAGCCAGGGCCGACUGUCGCUCCGUCUUUGAUUUGGGCUUAAAUGAUGGGGCUUUUGGAUUGAGAGAGGUGAACCCCGUCCCGAAGGAAGGUGUAAUAGCUGGCAACGCCGCAGAUUAUGUGGAAGAUAAAAGUGCAGAAGAUGACAGGCGAGAAGGCGACUGCAACCUGGUUAGAGAGGUGUCAGACAAGAUGGUCUGCUCAGCCUGCAGAUACCCCUUUACUAACCGUGAGGAGCAGCGGGAGCACUACAAGCUUGACUGGCAUCGGUUCAACUUGAGACUAAAGAUGGCUGGAUUGCCGCCCCUCACAGCAGAGGAGUUUGAGAGGAAGACGGGCGCUGGAGACCUGUCAAGUAUCUCAGGCUCAGAGUCUGAUUCAGAGGAAGAAGACUCAGAUAGCGAUGCUGGGGGAGUAAGCAGAAAUGUCUCUGACAAAGACAAGGAGAGCUCAGGUGAAACUUCUUUAAAUACCGGUCGGCUCUCCAGUAAGGUGGUUUUCCAAAACACAGCAGGAGAUUAUCUGUCAGUCUACCGCUGCAUACUGCAGGGAAAGUCAGAUGAUGAUGCAGAAUCCUCUCUGAAAGCCAUAACUAAGAAGACUGUGUGGGUCAUUCUCAUGACUGGUGGAGGUCAUUUUGCUGGUGCUGUAUUUGAAGGAAAACAAGUCCUUCUGCACAAGACCUUCCACCGGUACACAGUACGAGCCAAACGAGGCACCGCCCAGGGACUCAGAGACUCUCAGAACCGCAGUCACGCGCCAAAAUCUGCAGGAGCUGCUCUGAGGCGUUACAAUGAGGCAGCAUUAGUCAAGGACAUUCAGGAUCUUCUUGUAACCUGGGUUGAACAUUUGAAAGGGGCCUCUAAAAUAUUUGUACGAGCUCCUAGCUACAAUAAAACUAUCUUCUUUGGUGGUCGAGGGGCUCCCCUUGAAAAAAAAGAUCCCAGGGUCCACACAGUCCCCAUUGCAACACGCAGGGCAACAUUUCGAGAGGUACAGAGGGUACACGAGGUGCUUUCUACUGUUCACGUGUAUGGCAAAGACACAGACAUGUCUGCAGUCUUCUUUCCACCGAAAAAGGUGUGGAAACGAGCCGUUAAACCCAUAGUAGAAAUGAACACAGAUGAAGAGAAAGAAGAAGAAAACCAUGACAGCUCUGAUAAAGAAGCGGGUGGGGAGAUCCAGCUGGAGAUGGUGGAGAUGACAUUAGGAACCCUGGACCUCAGGGAGUAUGAAAUCCAUCCCUCCAGGCACAAGAGGAGGAGAAGGAGGAGAAAGAAGGAGGAAGUUAAAAUUCCAAAUGAAGAAUCGAAGCGCAUAGAAGCAAAUAGUGAAGAAGAGGAACUGCCAGAGGUUACACCAGCAGAAGAUGCCCCUCAAGAAAUGCAGUCAAAGAACAAGAAGAAACAGAAUGUACUGAGCAAAAAACAAGCGGAUGACAUUGUUGAAGAGUCAUGUGACUACGGCCUGAGGGAUGCGCUCUUUACAGCCUGCAAGGUUGGGGAUGUGGAUGCUCUACGUACAUUCCUCCAGCUCCCUGUAGAAAUGGCAGAGGGUCGAGAGCAGGCGGAGAGCAGACUUUCUGACACCUCGAGUCCACUAAAUAAGCCCAUCGACUCAUCAGGGUUCACAUUACUACAUGUUGCCACAGCUGCUGCACAAAAGGCAGCGAUCAGACUGCUCCUAGAAAUGGGAGCGGAUCCCUCCUGCAGGGAUAAUAAAGGGCAGACACCGUAUCUCGUCGCCCCUGACAAAGACACGAGGAACGUUUUUCGUAAAUAUAUGGGGGAGAAUCCUGACAAAUACGACUACAGCAAGGCACAAGUCCCUGGGCCGCUGACGGCAGAGAUUGAACUGAAACAGCUGGAAAAGAAAAAAGCCCAAAAGACACAGAAAAAGCGUCGAGAAAAAGAGCAGAAAGACGAAAGGAGGAAACAAGAGCUGGAGGCAGAGGAAAAGAAGAAGUUUGCAUCUCUGACUGAUCGUGAAAAGAGAGCUCUGGCAGCAGAGAAGAGAUUUGCAGCACAAGUUGCUGCAACAGGAGUCAGCAUCUCUAACAUCAAGAGGUGCUGGUCAUGUGGGGAGUCUCUGCUUGGAAAGAUCCCUUUUCAGUACCUGGAUUAUUCAUUUUGCACUCCUCGCUGUGUCCAAGCACAUCGGAAAGCAAAUGCUCCUCCAGGAAAGACCUAACAUCAACCUGGAAAUAUUUUACUUGGAGGGACUCGACCUCAUUAAAAGUACCAGUUAAUUAAGACUCUGACUUGCCUCACUUUUAUUGUGGCAGAUGAUUUUAAACACCUGGAUACAUAUACUGCCUGUAAUAAAAUCACUGUACAACUUAUUUGCAGUAUCUGUAAUCAUGGAAAAGGUCAA